ACGUCGGAUCGUUUAUACGAGAAUAUUAGAUACGACUACGAUAGGUAAAUGGUAAUAUUAUACCGGUUUAGUAGUUAGAACUAAAAUAGUUCGCGCUCGUAGAUAUCUAUAAUUAAACGUUGGAGGUGACGUUAUAGGACGGUGCUAUUCACAGUGGGUCUAGUUUGAUAUUUCUUACCGAGCAUGUUGGUUUCAUACGCGCGCUUCUCUAUAAACGUUUCGCCGGGGAAAAAGUGAAAAGAGAAAUUGAAAGUUAUAUCAGAGAUAGGUAUAUUAGAUACCUAUAUCGGCGAUACGCAUAUAGUUACAGAUAGAACUGGGAGUAAAUCCAUCAUUUGCAUUGCGUGUGUACGCGUGCGUAUGCGAUUCCUUUAAGAUCGUUCCUUUAAUUAUCGCCAAUUCGUCGAUUCGGAGUAACCCUAUGGGGGAAAAUCUGGAUAUGGGAGAAUGUCCGGUGUGCGGUAAGCAGGCUCGACUGAAAUGCAGCGGCUGCAAGAGGAGCUUUUACUGCGGGAAGGAACACCAAAGGGAAGAUUGGCCGUUGCACAAAUCAAUCUGCCAUGCCUGGGAGAUCGAGGAAAGCAAAGAGUUGGGAAGAUACUUGAUUGCAAGGAGGGAUUUAAAGAGCGGUGAGCCGAUCAUUUCGGAAGUGCCACUCGUUUGGGGAGCCGCACCUCAUACGUCUUACAGGGUGUGCGUCGGUUGCGGUCAACGUUGCGAGGACGUCGAAACGAGAUGUGCCAAGUGCUUCUGGCCUUCCUGUUCUACGGACUGCAAGGCUCUCCUGGCUAAGGACGGUCACGAGUUGGAAUGUGCCCUUCUUGCAAAAACCAGAAUCUUUCCCAGAUGCGACGUUUUGCUAGCGAUAAGGAUGCUGAUACUUUGGAAGACAAAGUCGAAGCGUUGGAAAUUAUUGGAAAAGCUACAGAGUCACGAGGAUUCUCGCGGUCCUGGGACCGAUGCUUACGAGGAGGUGGAAGAGAUAACGAAUCAUCUUAGAGCCCUUAUCGCGGUCGAUCCUUCUUGCGCUAAGAUAUUGCCUAAAAUUUGUGGGCUAAUCGACGUGAACGGGCUCGAAACAUUACCGCCGGAAGGUUCCGUCGCCAUUUAUCGCACGACAUGUCUUUUGGAACACCGUUGCUUACCAAACACUCGGCAUUUCUUCGCAUUGGACGAGAAUGGUAGACCGAUCGUAAACGUGCUGGCCGUUACCUCGAUUAAAAAGGGCGAACAUUUGAGUACGUGCUAUACUCACGUACUUUGGUCUACGAGAGCGAGGAGGCGACAUUUGCUCGCGACCAAAUAUUUUUCUUGUUCCUGCGAACGAUGCGCCGAUCCAACGGAACUGGGAACGCAUCUUGGCACUCUGAGAUGUCCUUACAACGACGGCGGCUUCAUUCUUCCGAGGGAUCCGUUGGACUUUGAAACGGAAUGGUCCUGCGAUACGUGUAAAAAUACUCUUCGGUCCUCGGAGGUCGGUCAAUUAAUGGACAGGCUCGAGGAAGAAGUCGAAGAGGCAAUGAGGACCCCAAACAAGGCUGUGCUUUCCGAUCUUCUUUCUCGACUUCGCGCUCUUCUACAUCCAGGCCAUCAACAUUGCAUAUCUAUCGGGCAUUCUUUGAUACAAUUAUUACCGUCGAACGAUCGACAAAAAUUCGACCUUUGCAAUCUUAUAAUGAAUACCGUCGCCGUCGUAGAUCCAUACUGCGAACGAUUGACACUCUACGCGGCAAUUACUUUACGAGAACUCGCUGAUUGUCCUGGACAAGACAAGAAAGGACAUUUGUCGAAAGCCAUGACUUUGUUGAUGUCAGAGCCAGCGAAAAGUCCUGGCGGUAAAUUAUUACGACUGAUAAAGUCCGAAUUAGAAUAUCUUUGAUCCUAUUGUAUUAAUGUAAUUGUCCCUACGUGCGUAGGGUACUAAAAUAUUAUAUUAGAUUGGAAGGAAAACGCAAAGAAAAAAGAGAAAGAGAUCAGGCGGAAUAUGAAUCAAUAUGAAUUUUACAUUAUAUUUUAUUUUAUGGAUAAACUUACAUAGAUACGUUCAAAUAGAAUCCCUCAAAUUAAAUCCAAAAUCGUUAUCCUAAAGCUGUGAAUGUGAGAAUGAUUUAGUAAUCGUUAAAAGUAUCAAAAACGGCAAGUAGACGACUAUUAAAAUUGUCAUGGACGCAGACAGGUACGUUUCGUGCGUACCCCUAACAGAGGAUACGACAAGGAUCGACCUUUGAGCUGGGCCGUGAUUUGCAAAAGAUAUGCCUUCCCGGGUUGCAAUCUCUUGAGGGUAAACGGAAGGGCUCUAUCUUUCGGCGUGCUCCCUCUUUCUUCGCAGACCUCGAACGUAUACUCGGAUCGACGACGACGAUGGAGACCGCACUGAUCGGGUACGCUAGUAAAGCUGGCCAAUGUCGUAGAAUCUUUCAAUUCUCUCACGAGAAUGCAAUAUUUCGCGGCACCGGCAGGCUCUACACCUAUUGUCACCUCGUCGCAACUUCUCAAUGAACGAUACUCGCGCGGCGUGCUUCUCGACGGUACCUAAUAGAAUAAUGUAAACUAUUAAAUUUUGUACAUAUCUAUGUUGGAUGGGAAAUCGUAUCGUCUACCUGCGGAUAAAUCGUCGAAGACUCCUGCGUAACGAGUACUUUGAUUGCCGAGACUCUUGCUAAUUCCUGCGGUGUAGCCGAUAUCCGUAGAAUAUAAGCUUUCCCCGUGGGCAGUAGAGGUACUCGCAGAGACGCAUAUCCCACCACUUCUUUUUCCUAUAAAUUUCCUAUAAAUUGUAAAAUCGAACGCACAUAGAGAGGGGGAGAGAGAGAGAGAGAGAGAGAGAGAGAGAGAGAGAGAGAGAGAGAGAGACGCAUUACCCAGAAGGAAAGAGAGAAAAAGAUGCAUCGAUACAUAUUCGGAUGGAUUACCCGCAGUAUUCCUGGAGCACUUAGUUUGGCCUUGACUAUUCCACCGCCGCAAGGAAGAAUGUGGAAGAUACUCGAUGCGUUUUCCGCUGGGCGAUAACGGAAAUUGACGAAACCAUCGGUUUUUCUCAAACUCACCGUGGCGUAACGUCCCGUAUGUAACAUCAACUCCGGCGUUUUCCGAAAUCGUAUGGCAUCGGUGGCAAGUUUAUUCGAAACGUUGUUACGCAUAUUAACCUGCAAACGAAAAAAAGUAAUAAUAAUAUCGUAAGUAUCAACUAGUUAUCUUCGCUAUUAUCGUCGCUUUCCCCGAACCAACCACAUAUAGAGUAAAGUUGUACGUAGUGUCGAACUUCAUUCUGUGAAGGGUCAACUUGGUCUGUCGUACGCAAUGAACCCCUUCCGGGACACCCCGAUAUUGAUGCUCUCUGUUGCUCGAGGAACUUCCCUUGCCGGUAUACGAAUGAACGAUGAGAAAGUUUUGCGCGGCGCAAAGCGUCGAAGGAUGUGCUUGAGUUCCCGACGUAACGGCCAAACAAUAGUUGGAUAGGUGCGGAUCUACGUGGCUACGAGGAAAUAAAGACUAAACUCAAUGCUCUAAAGUAAAGGUAAACGAUCCUACGGUCGUUUGUCCAUCUCUAACGAUUCUCUCUUUGGGGUUAAGUCUAUCGAAGUUCUCUUACCUUUUGUUCCAAGAUAUGGUUAGCCGACGUUUGCUUCUUCUCUGUUGAAAUCUUAAGGAACGCUGACGAUUCUCCUUUUCAUUCCCAUAAAAUCCUGACAGAUGAUUCAAGGCGUUGGACGUUGCGUACAAGAGUACGGUGCUCGGAUCUGAUUUUUCGAUUUUCUUACCCCGCAAUGAUUUGAUUUCGAACCAAUAUAAACCAGCGCGCGUUCGCGCUAUCGUAAAGUUCUGAUCCUCUGCUCCUUCGUACGUAAACAAAGGCGAUCCUGGUUUUAGUGUCUUCACCGGCCAUCGAGACUGAUCUACUUGUCAAUGUAGUGACGCGUGUAAAUGAAGGAAAAAAAUUAUGAAUGACUAUACUUUUAACUAAUUCGAACUCACAUUUUGCUCCUUCCAGUUCUCGAUCAUUUUCAGGUGGCUCCACGUAACUGACCGUCCAUGAUAUCGGACCGCUGCAAGGACUGACGAGCAAGGUAGAAGUUAGUAUUGAACAUGUAGGUAUCGAAGGAAAAUGAGAAGGAUCGU